UGUGAUAGAAAGAAUAUUUAUUCUGAAAAAAUAAAUAAAUCAGACAUUCCAGAAAACACGUUGACAAAUUUCUCUCCGCAUGCGUCCGUAUUCAGGUCCAUCGCCGCCCGUGAGAACGUGCUGGUGGCGCUGGGCGUCGGCGGCGAGGGCUACCACAACUACCACCACGUGUUCCCCUGGGACUACAAGUCGGGCGAGUUCAGCUACUACGCGUCCAACUACGGCGCCGUCUUCAUCGAGCUGAUGGCGCGGCUCGGGCAGGCCUCGCACCUCAAGUCCGUCAACCACGACAUGGUGCGGGCGCGGGCGCAGCGCACGGGCGACGGCUCGCACCCCGUCUGGGGCUGGGGGGACAAGGACCUCCGCGACGAGGACAAGAGGGUCACCGUCGUCAACUAGGGCCUUAGAGUCGUGUAAGCGAGACUGUGAUAACGUAGGGAAGGAGCUCAACACCCCACAAGAGAACUAACGUGUUUGUACAUAAUGCCAAAUAAAUUAUUGUCUUAAAAAUACGA